UUACUUUUCCACAAAUUCACAAACUUAAAAAAAUCUCAAACAUUCUACAAACUAUCAACCGGUAAACGAUGGCCAAGGUGGUGGCGCGUGCAAUUCACUGCGAGCUGAGUGUCGAGAAACCUGCCGUUUCGAGAAAAGAACUUGCCGUUUCGGUUCAGGUUCCUGUAGUUGGUAAUAAAACUAAUAAGGUGGGUGCAAGUGAACUGGAGAACGGGAAGAUUUUGCUGCAACCGAGGCUUUGCACGCUUAGAUCGUACGGUGAGGAUGGGUUUGCUGUUGUGAAGAGUAGAAAGGACGGCGGUGAUGAAGUGGUGUCGCCUUUCUUUGAGACGUUAUCUGAGUAUAUUGAAAGUUCUAAAAAAAGUCGUGAUUUUGAGAUUAUUUCUGGUCGUCUUGCCAUGAUUGUGUUUGCAGCAACUGUGGGAACAGAGUUCGUUACGGGAACCUCUGUUUUCCGAAAGAUGGAUUUGCAGUGGAUUGCUGAAGCAACUGGAGUCUGCUUAGGCGCGGUAACAUGCGCUGCUAUUUUUGCUUGGUUCUCGAGUGCACGCAGUAGAGUCGGAAGAAUAUUCGAUACAAGUUGCAAUACAUUUAUCGAUUCACUGGUUGAUGAGAUUGUCGACGGCUUGUUCUAUGAAGGUGACCAAAAUGACUGGUCCGACCUGCUGUGAGAAACGCUAGCCAAGCUUAUAUAUAAGUUGUUACUGCCGCCUUAAGUUCGAAUGGUUCACAAUACACAAUGAACCAGGUCUAGCCAAGAAUUUCUGGAAUACAUACACUCAGAUAUACAGUUUUAUAUACAGAAAUACAGUGACUUACUCGUCUCCUCUUUUUAUCAUAUCUUAUGAUUUGAAGUGUGAAGUAUAUAUUUACAAUUAUAGACCUUUUAGUUUUUAGUGUAUACAAAAAAGCAGUAGAAUCAUUUGUAAAAUCAAGUUUGUUAUAUUCUAUAGUUAUAAGUGAACUUUGUGUUAUUCUAUAGUAAUACUGGUUUUUAAUU